CGAUCGUGACGUGUGAUGGUGCUCCAGAAUACCGGCUCGGCUGAUAUAAGACUGGGAAAAUGGGCGUGAAUUGCUAGGAAACAGCAGCGCCGGUCUGUGUCCCGGUGUGGCGGUGACAGCAGCAGCAGCACCGCUGAUAGGAGGGGUUCCUGGAGAGGGAGAGAGCGAGCGGAGGGGUGGCGGAGGCACGGCUGACGAUGCGGCAGGAAUAAUAUCGACCUUCUUAUGAUUCUGCUGCCUGGCGUUGGGAUGAAUGGAAACAGGAGCUUAUCGAUGGAAGACGGUCACCACAUUUCCUGCAAGGCGACGUGAAGCGCUGUAUUAUAUAUAUAUAUAGAUAGAUAUAGAUAUUUUUUUUUUUUUGCAUCUGACAAUAUUGCAUUGCACACCGAGGGCUUGGCACGCUUUCACUGGUCCUGUUUCACAACAGCACUACCGAGCGAAUAGCUAGCUGGGCGGAGAAAAUCAGAAGACCAAAAAAAAGAGGAGUAACACUUAUCUUUUUACAUGCAAACAUAAAAACAGACAACUAAAAAAACAAAGAGCGCGUUGAUUUAGAACAAGAGUAGAAGGAUCUGGGGGAGGAAAUAGAAUGUUUUAAUCCUGCUGCUGCAAAAGUUUUGCAUUUAUUUAAUACCUUGCAAGGUGCUUGACAAUGUGAAUUUAGAAUCCUAUGACCUUGCCAGGUGAAUAUAUCGGUGUGUAUAUAUUCUAAUAAUCCCGGUACACGUUCCGGCUGCAAACAUGAUGUGCGAGGUGAUGCCCACCAUCAGUGAAGGAGACCCCGCGGGUUCUCAGCGCGGCUCUCACAACGGUUCCGAUUCGGAGUCCAAUUUCGAACAGCUCAUGGUGAACAUGCUGGACGAGCGGGAGAAACUGCUGGAAACUCUGCGAGAGAGCCAGGAGAGCCUGGGGCAGACCCAGGGCAAGCUGCAGGAGACGCUGCAUGAGCGAGACCAGCUGCAAAGGCAGAUCACUUCGGCGCUGCCGCAGGAGUUUGCAACCCUAACGAAGGAGCUGAACGGGUGCAGAGAACAGCUGCUGGAAAAAGAAGAGGAGAUCUCUGAACUGAAAGCAGAGAGGAACAACACGAGACUGCUACUGGAGCACCUGGAGUGCCUCGUCUCGAGACACGAGCGCUCCCUGAGGAUGACGGUGGUGAAGAGACAGGCCCAGCCUCCCUCUGGAGUCUCCAGCGAGGUGGAGGUCCUGAAAGCCUUGAAGUCCCUCUUCGAGCAUCACAAAGCUCUGGACGAGAAGGUGCGUGAGCGACUGAGAGUGUCUCUGGAGAGAGUGACAACCUUGGAGGGGCAGCUAGCAGCCGCCAGCCAAGAGCUUUCAGUGCUAAGACAAGGGCACCCCCAGAGGAAGGACAAGCCUGAAGGAGAUCUCGUUGAUGGGACAGAACCAGUGCCCAAGCCAACCUGGAAGAGGCUUCCGAACGGCUCCAUCGACGCCCAUGACGAGGUGAGCCGGGUUCUGGAGUUACAGGAGCUGCUGGAGAAGAGCAACGCUGAGCUGGUGCAGAGCAAAGAGCGCGUGGCCGCUCUGACGGCCCGCGUGGCCGAGCUGGAGGCUGACCUCAACACUGCCCACAAAGACCUGCUGAAGAGCGAGGAGAUGAGCAGCAAGUGCCAGCGGGACAUCCGUGAGGCUCUGGCUCAGAAGGAAGACAUGGAGGAGAGGAUUACAACGCUAGAGAAACGCUACCUGGCUGCGCAGAGAGAAACCACUUCAAUACACGACCUCAAUGACAAGCUGGAGAACGAGCUGGUCAACAAGGAGUCUCUCUACAGACAGAGCGAGGAGAAGGCCAGGCACAUCCAGGAGCUGCUGGAGCUGGCAGAGCAGAAGCUGCAGCAGACGAUACGCAAGGCCGAGACCCUGCCGGAGGUGGAGGCGGAGCUAGCACAGAGAGGGGCUGCCCUGACCAAGGCUGAGGAGAGGCAUGGCAGUAUUGAGGAGCGCUCCCGGCAGCUGGAGGCUCAGCUUGAAGAGAAGAACCAGGAGCUGGGCCGGGCGAGGCAGAGGGAGAAGAUGAACGAAGAACACAACAAGCGACUCUCGGACACCGUCGACCGGCUCCUCACAGAGUCCAAUGAGAGGCUGCAGCUGCACCUGAAGGAGCGCAUGUCGGCUCUUGAGGACAAGAACACAUUGAUUCAAGAUCUGGAAAACACACAGAAGCAAUUGGAAGACUCUUACCAUAGCAAGGAAAGGUUGGCAGCUGAAAUUGAAAAACUGCGUGUGGAAAUGGAGCAGCUGAAGAGACGAAGCGGUGUCUUCGGGGACACUGUGCACCCACGCUCUCUCGCCGGCAGCGCCGCGGAUCUCCGCUUCUCUCUGAGCUCGGCAGGGGACACGCAGGUUGACCACUUCGGCACCCCGGCAGUGAUCCGGCGGGCGCAGAAAGGACGUCUGGCAGCUCUGCGGGAUGAACCCACCAAGAUCCUGCCGAUCAUGGAUCAGGAAUGGGACCGCGCCCAGCCUCUCAGUGUCCUGGCCAGCGUGACCCAGCCCAUCGAGAGUGACCCCGAGCUAUCGGACAUCGACGACGAUGACCGCGAGACCAUCUUCAGCUCGGUGGACAUGCUCUCACCCAGCGGUCACUCCGACGCCCAGACCCUGGCUCUGAUGCUGCAAGAGCAGCUGGACGCCAUCAACGAGGAGAUCAGGAUGAUCCAGGAGGAGAAGGAGUCGGCAGAGCUGCGUGCCGAGGAGAUUGAGAAUCGGGUGACGAGUGGCAGUAUGGAGGGGCUCAACAUGCCCCCCCUGCGGCCCCGCUCCUCCAUCCCCACCUCGCUCACCGCCCUGUCGCUCGCCAGCUCCUCCCCCCCCAUCAGCGGCCGCUCCACGCCCAAGCUUUCGUCUCGCACAGCCGCUCACGAGCUGGGCAUCAUGACUCUGCCCAGCGAUUUAAGGAAACAUCGUCGGAAAGUACAUUCUCCAGUGUCCUGGGAUGAGAGUCGGGAGGACAAGCCCACCAUCAAGUGUGAGAUGUCGCCCCCGCCCUCCCCGCGCAGCCUUCGUCUGGAGCAGAUGUCCCAGUCCCUGCUCUCCACCAGCCAGGAAGACGGCAAAGGGCCGGACGACCAGAACAGCAGUCGUAACAGCAGCCAAGAUUCCCUCCACAGGGGGGGCAAGAAGAAGGGCAUCAAGGUCUCAAUCGUACGGCUGUUUGGCAAGAAGGAGAAGGCCAGGCUCCUGCAGAUGGGCAGGGGGCAGGGAGCUGGGAUUACAGAUUUUGAGAUCGGGUUCCAGGAUUUCCUGGGACUGGGGAAGCUGGGAACGCAGGCUGAGCGAGACCGGAGAUUCAAGAAGAAGCAUGAGCUUCUGGAAGACGCUCGGAGGAAGGGCUUGCCUUUCGCCCAGUGGGACGGGCCGACAGUGGUGUCCUGGCUCGAGCUGUGGGUGGGGAUGCCAGCCUGGUACGUGGCUGCCUGCCGUGCCAAUGUGAAGAGUGGCGCCAUCAUGUCAGCCCUGUCCGACACAGAGAUCCAGAGAGAGAUUGGCAUCAGCAACCCGCUCCACCGGCUCAAACUGCGCCUGGCCAUCCAGGAGAUGGUCUCCUUGACCAGCCCGUCCGCCCCCCUCACCUCCAGAACUUCUUCUGGGAACGUCUGGGUGACUCAUGAGGAGAUGGAAACCAUGACAACGCCUACCAAAGCGAAGGAGAAAGAAGGAGGCAGUUGGGCUCAGACGCUGGCGUACGGAGACAUGAAUCACGAGUGGAUUGGGAAUGAGUGGCUGCCCAGUCUGGGCCUGCCUCAGUACCGCAGCUACUUCAUGGAGUGCCUGGUGGACGCCCGCAUGCUCGACCACCUGACCAAGAAAGACCUGCGCACACACCUCAAGAUGGUCGACAGCUUUCACCGGGCCAGUCUGCAGUACAGCAUCGUGUGCCUGAAGAGGCUGAACUAUGACAGGAAGGAGCUGGAGAGGAGGAGGCAGGAAUGCCAGCUCCAAAUCAAAGAUACUAUGGUGUGGACGAACGACCAGGUGAUACACUGGGUGCAGUCCAUCGGGCUCCGUGAGUACGGGACCAAUCUCCUGGAGAGCGGGGUCCAUGGAGCCCUCAUUGCUCUGGAUGAGAACUUUGAUUACAGCAGCCUGGCACUCAUCCUGCAGAUCCCCAUGCAGAACACACAGGCAAGGCAAGUUUUGGAACGUGAAUUCAACAAUCUCCUGGCCCUGGGAACGGACAGGCGACUGGACGAGGGCGAUGACAAGUCCUUCCGGAGAACACCGUCAUGGCGGAAGCGCUUUCGCCCACGCGACAGUCAAGGCCUGAGCAUGAUGCCCGGGUCCACCGAGACUCUGCCAGCGGGGUUCAGAGUCACUGCCGUGCCCAUGCCCUCCUCUGUCUCCACAAUGCCCAAGAAAAUGCCCCCCGAAGGAUCAGCAGGGUCACAGAGAUUAGACAGCUCGACAGUUCGGACUUACUCUUGUUAACUGUCCCGAACUAGCAGGAGCACACGAGCGAUCAAGUGCAAUCCCACUACUUGUAUGGACACAUGCUUGCAGCCUUCCGGGAGUGAGCUGCCUGUGGCUGGGGAGGAUGCUAGCUGGGCAGGCAGCGGUAUGAUUCCCUUUGCAGCUUGCACAGCAGGACGUGACUGCGGGGCUGAGGGGCGCCAAGCAGGAGUCGUCCGCUUCUCCAGUAGUGUUCCAGUGAUGUCGAUGUGGUGUUGUUCUGAUAUCUUGUUAUAAACUGCUCCGUCUCUCCUGGUACUGUGCUGGUUGUAGUGUUGUGGUGUUGGUCCUGGGUGUGAGAGAUCUGCAGUGUGUAUAAAAGGGACCCCCCCCCCUGUUCAGCAAGGUAAUUCCUUUUGUUGUAUUUUUUUUCCUGUAUAUAAAUCAAAUGACUGUAAAAGAUUUUAUAGAUAUAUCGAUAUGGAAUUUAAAGUAUAUAAAUAUAUAUAUUUAACUAUUGUAUAAAACUGCAUUUUGUCUUGAUAGGAGUUUGCUUGUUUGU